AUGGCUGCAAAUCGGCCACUGGAAAAGCGUCAGGAAACUACUACUACGACGGCAUCGUCAACUACAACAAGUACGACAACGACGACGACCUCGAGCAGCACAAGCACCAGUACAUCUACCAGUAGCUCCAGUUCAUCAAGUUCGUCCUCAUCAUCAUCCUCGCAGAGUACCAGCUCGUCGUCGACUCCAUCCAGCAGCAGCUCGAGCACAGUUUCCACCCCAACGUCCACCUCUGUCACCGUGACACGCAGUACAAACUCGAAUGGUGGGGUCGUAACGCUCACACGAACCGUAUCGGGCCCUGCAGUGCCAACCUCAUCGAGCAAUAGCGGCGGCGGAGGGGGUGGAUUCUGGGACAACAAGACAGCCGUCGGUGCCACCUUUGGUAUUGCCGGUGUAAUUGGCAUCGUCCUCGCCUUUCUCUUGAUUACGACCUGCAUCCGGCGUCGUAGAGCCCGCAAGUUUGAUCGUGCAGUGUCUGAAGCGGCUGCAGAGGCCGCAGCCACCAAUGCGGAUCCAUUCCUAGGUGAGAACGAUGAUGCCGGCUACCGAGGAGCUGCUUGGGACCCGAGAAGGCGCUCUUCUGCUGGAUUUGGAUACGGAAAGCUACACGACGAUCCCUUCGGUCAUGGUGGUCCUACCGCAAUGGGCGCGGCUGGGCUGUACGGAAGACAUCAGUCGAUGAACAAUGGACAGUAUCCAAAGGACGCAUACGGGAUGAACGACCUUCGUGGUUCCGGAACUCAGCCGUCUGUCUACUCUGGCACUACGACCUAUGCCAGCCAUCCCUCGUAUGGAGCAGGCACAGGUUACUAUACAAAUGACCUCCCACCUGUCCCUGCUCAGCAAAACGCCUAUGGCCGACCAUCCUUCGGUAGCACGGCUGCACCAGGAAUUGCUGGUGUCGGUGCAGCAGGUGCCUAUGGCCAAGAUACGCAAGCGGCUUACCGCCAUGCGCCAGGGAAUAGUGUCGAUGGAACCGAGGACGCGUAUGGCGGCUAUGCACGCAAUAGCGUUGUUGAUCCUUAUCCGAACCCAUAUGGAGGACAAACCGCAUACCCAGGACCAUCCUCCCCCCGAACAAGUAACUCUUCUCCACCAGGCCCAACGCGCUCGCCACCGCCCGUCAGCCGGUCGCCACCUCCAGCCGCCCCACCUAGUUACUCAAACCACGGUUCACAGGCGAAUGACCACUACUACACCCGCAACGAAAAAGCACGACCGCUUUCAAGUGGAUCGGGUACUCCAGGUGGAGGGAUGACCAUGCCUUUACCUCCCGCAGCUCCAGCGGGAACAAGUGCUGCACACUUUCAACCCCCCGACAUGACGCCUGGUGUUGGGACGCCCGACGAAUCAUACAACAACGGUGGCCGUAUCCUCCGCGUCGCCAAUGAAUGA